UGAAGAAAAAACUGGACGAGCUCACAAACCGCUCUCUCCUAAACAGAAUGUGAGGAAGAAUCUUGAUUUUGAACCACUCUCCACUACAGCACUUAUUUUAGAGGACAGACCAGCGAACCUCCCUGCAAAACCUGCAGAAGAAGCUCAGAAACACAGGCAGCAGUACGAAGAAAUGGUGGUUCAAGCAAAAAAAAGAGAGCUUAAAGAAGCCCAGAAGAGAAAGAAACAACUGGAAGAACGCUGUAAACUGGAAGAGAGCAUUGGCAAUGCUGUUUUAACUUGGAACAAUGAAAUCUUGCCCAACUGGGAAACUAUGUGUUGUUCCCGUAAAGUGCGAGAGCUGUGGUGGCAGGGCAUUCCACCCAGUGUGAGAGGCAAAGUCUGGAGCCUGGCAAUUGGCAACGAGUUAAACAUCACCCAUGAACUGUAUGAUAUUUGCUUGGCUCGUGCCAAAGAGAAAUGGCGAUCGCUGAGCACAGGAGGGGCUGAAGUAGAAGGUGAAGAUGCUGGAUUUUCUGCAGCUGACAGAGAAGCGAGCUUGGAAUUAAUAAAACUGGAUAUCUCAAGGACAUUUCCUAAUCUCUGUAUAUUCCAGCAAGGUGGUCCUUACCAUGACACGUUGCACAGUAUUUUAGGAGCCUAUACUUGUUACAGACCUGAUGUAGGCUAUGUACAGGGCAUGUCGUUCAUAGCAGCAGUAUUGAUCUUGAACUUGGAUACUGCAGAUGCCUUCAUUGCUUUUUCUAACCUUUUAAAUAAACCCUGUCAGAUGGCAUUCUUCCGUGUGGACCAUGGCCUUAUGUUGACUUACUUUGCCGCAUUUGAGGUAUUCUUUGAAGAAAAUCUGCCAAAGUUAUUUGCUCACUUCAAAAAGAAUAACUUGACUCCAGACAUCUAUCUGAUUGAUUGGAUCUUCACGUUGUACAGCAAAUCUUUGCCACUAGACCUGGCAUGUCGUGUCUGGGACGUGUUCUGCCGUGAUGGAGAAGAGUUCUUAUUCCGUACAGCCCUGGGAAUAUUAAAACUUUUUGAAGAUAUUUUGACCAAAAUGGACUUCAUUCACAUAGCCCAGUUUUUAACAAAGCUACCAGAGGACUUGCCUUCAGAAGAAUUCUUCACGUCUAUUGCUGCCAUUCAGAUGCAAAGUAGAAACAAAAAGUGGGCUCAGAUCCUGGCUGCUCUGCAGAAAGAUAACCGGGAAAUGGAGAAAGGAAGCCCUUCACUCAAACGUUAA